AUGUCUGAUGAUAAAUCAAGCAGCAGCUCUUCGCAUUCCCUACCUCCUGCGGUGUGGUCAAAGGCGGAGGAAACUACCCUUCUUGAGUUCCUUCUGCAGGCCCUUCCUUCAUCAGGCGAUGGAGGCUUCAAGUUGGCCACCUUCAAUCAAGCAUCUGCGCACCUCAAGACAAAACACCCGCAUCAAAGGGGUACAGAAAAGAGUGGUGGAGUUUGCAAGAAUAAAUGGACAGCGUUAAAGAAAGCAUACCAAAUCAUCGUUGAAAUCAAGUGUAUGUUGGGUUUUACUUGGAGUGAUGAGCAUGGAGCGGGUAUUAUGGACAGAAAGGAUGAUGUCUGGGCGCGCUUUACAAAGUCACAUCCUCACGCAAAGCCCUUCAUGACGAAGGGCUUCGACCACUUCAAGAUCAUGCAGCAGUUGACACCAAGCAAGUCGAAAGGCUUGCACGUCUUCCGACCUACUACCACCGUCGCCAAUGCCAACACACUAUCCUCCAUCCCCCCAGCCACAGAUAAUGCACUUCCAGAGCCACCACCAUCCUCAGUGGGCCCACCACCAUCCUCAGUGUACCCACCACCAUCCUCAGUGUACCCGCCACCAUCCUCAGUGUACCCGCCACCAUCCUCAGUGUACCCGCCACCAUCCUCAGCAUACCCGCCACCAUCCUCAGCGUACCCACCACCAUCCUCAGUGGACCUUGAGCCACCUAUUCCUCCAUCUACCUUUCUCGCUCCUUCCACUGAAGGGUCUACCUCUGCUGGUGGCUCGGCAUGGACAAGCAUAAGCCGUGGAAAGCGAAAAUACAGUGCACUUUCUCCUGCGUCAGUUGCAGGCUCCCAGAAGCGAAGUUGGCCACCAUCUGCCACGCUAUUGGCACAGCAGGAGGGUAUGGAAACGAUGAAGAGCCUCGUUGAAGUAGUGCGUGAGAUGCAGAAGAAUCUUGUGUUAGCCCCGGCGCUGCCGCUAGUGCAGCCACAGCCUUCCACACAUGUUGGGAGCGCCAUUUCCCUCCUCAAUAAAUAUACAAACCUCACGAGCAAAGAGCGCUUGGGCAUUGCCAACUUUCUAGCUGAACAUGAGAACCAGGCUAUCAUUUUCUACUCAUUGGAUGAGGUGACGAGGCUUGAGUGGUUGGAAGAGAAGCGAGUGCCUUGCGGUGGUGCACCACGGCGAUCAGUGGACUCACAAGAAUAUAUGAUUGUGUCGUAG